CCUGGGCCCGCCCACGCCGGCGCCCGCGAGCCCCGGAGUGCGUGCUCCCCCCGCCCCGGCCAAAUCUGGGGGUUUCAGUCCUAGGCGCCGCCCAAGAGACCCUGGGCACGCGCUGGGCACAGCCGCCUCUCCGUCUCUGCCUGUCCGUCUUUGUGUCUGUGUCUGUCUGGCUGUCCCCACUCCAGAACUGAGCCUCCGGGACGCCCACAGCCCGAGACUCCCCUCCCCUUCCCAUGGCAGGCUACUUGCCCCCCAAAGGCUAUGCCCCUGCGCCCCCGCCCCCCUACCCGGUGACAGCUGGGUAUCCGGAGCCCGCACUGCAUCCUGGACCAGCGCAGGCCCCAGUGCCUGCCCAGGUGCCCGCCCCCGCGCCAGGCUUCGCUCUCUUCCCCUCGCCAGGCCCCGUGGGCCCGGGGUCUCCUGCUCCCUUCUUGCCUCUGCCAGGGGUGCCUUCUGGCCUCGAGUUCCUAGUGCAGGCCGACCAGAUCUUGAUCCAUCAGAAGGCCGAACGCGUGGAAACUCUCCUAGGCUGGGAGACCUGUAACAGGUAUGAGCUGCGCUCGGGGACCGGCCAGCAGCUGGCGCAGGCCGCUGAGGAGAGCAACUGCUGCGCCCGUCUGUGCUGCGGCGCCCGCCGGCCGCUGCGCGUCCGCCUGGCCGACCUGGGGGACCGCGAGGUGCUCCGCCUCCUCCGCCCGCUCCGCUGCGGCUGCUGUUCCUGUGGCCUGCAGGAGAUGGAGGUCCAGGCUCCGCCCGGCACCACCGUCGGCCACGUGCUGCAGACCUGGCACCCCUUCCUUCCCAAGUUCUCCAUCCUUGACGCCGACCGCCAGACGGUCCUUCGGGUGGUGGGGCCUUGCUGGACGUGUGGCUGCGGCACAGACACCAACUUCGAGGUGAAGACGAAGGACGAAUCCCGAAGUGUGGGCCGCAUCAGCAAGGAGUGGGGAGGGCUGCUCCGGGAGGCCCUCACGGACGCCGACGACUUCGGCCUCCAGUUCCCCGUAGACCUCGACGUGAGGGUGAAGGCUGUGCUGCUGGGAGCCACGUUCCUCAUUGACUACAUGUUCUUCGAGAAGCGAGGAGGCGCUGGACCCUCUGCCGUCACCAGUUAGAAGCCACCUCAGGACGAGGAGACCAUCACCUCAGCCAGAACUCAAGAUGGUCAUUGGCCCUGGCCGCCUGUCGCUCCCGAAGCAGCCCUUUCCUUGGUAUACACUACAGCGGAUGUCGGGUGGCUUGAAUUGUUGGGAGCCGCUGUGACCCGCCCCUCCCCCCCAGCCCUGCAGAAGAGCAUGUAUGAAAACCCUCCCACCCUGUUGGCCAUGGCCCAGCAGUCUCUAUGCACACAGGAAUACUAGCUUCUAAACUUUCUACCCACUCCUGGCCUUUCUCCACGGCCUCUGCCCAGGAAGAGGCCUUUGGAACCCAGGGCUUGUGGGUAAAAGGCAAGCAGCACCAAAGAUGGCAGACACGUUAGCCAGCCGAUUCCCUUAGCUUCAGUGUGCACCCUGAAGGCACCCUGCCUCCUCACUAAUAGCUGCAGAUGCUGGGCCCUUCUGGUGCUCUCUACAGCUCCCCUGUGCCUUCUUCAACCGUCAACCCCUUCCUUUCCCCGCUGGAGGAAGGAGACUGUGUCUUUGUAUGUUACUCAUAUAAACUCGGAGACUUUCUAAACUUCGGAAGGUGUAUGGGAUGGGAGAGGUUGGGGGUGGGGUCAAACAAAGGGGGGUAUCGCUGGGCUAUAGCCCCAAUAAGACAAUC